AGGAACUCCUCUCUCUCUCUCUCUCUCUCUGAAUAUAUUGAUGGCCGAUCAAAGCACAAACUCGUCUAUCAUGGAGUCCAAGCCACCACAUCCUCUGCACCAAAUUGCAGAAACCCCAACGCACAAGUUACUCCUCAAGCAAUGGUUGAAAGAAGAAGAGCUAAUCCUCAACCGAAUCGCUCUUAAAGAAACCCAAAUCGACUCGGUACGCAAGGAAAUCACACACCUCUACAUAUUUUUCUUUCUCUUCCACUCCAUUUCCUUGCUUCUCCUCUUCAACGCCUCCUCAAGAGAUCCGCGGGGUGGAGCCUGCCACAGAUCGUGGGUCCCAUCGGUCUGUUCGGUCCUCUGUUCUCUGGGGAUAAUCUGGGCCGUCCGGUACAAAUCGGAGGUGGAGAAUCACUUGCAAAAGUUGCUGGAUCGGGAGAAAGAGGACGCGAAUCUGUUGGGGAAGUGCGUGGAGGAGUUGAAGAAGAAGGGUUUGGAGUUUGAUUUGAUGAAGGAGGUUGAUGCGUUGAGGAGAGCGAAGAGUCUGCGAGGGGAAAUUAAGGCGGUGAAGAAAUGGAGUGCGAGGGAUUACGUCACUUUCUUCUUCUUCAGUGUGUCUUGUCUGGUUCUUGGAUUGACAAGGGUGAUUCUCUGUAACUAGGUAAAAAAAUAUCUGGUCCGAUCCAGUCAUGAGAGGCGAUUAGGUAAAGUUUGUAUCUCGAGUUUGCAAAACGUUUCGGAUUCUUGAGGGUGCAGAAUACUCUGUUCUGCUUUUGAUAAUUAUUUAUUGGUGAUACAGAUGGAACAAUAUUUUCAUGGAGUAAUU